CAAAUUAAUGAAAUUAAAGAAGUUUAUAUUGAAUCUAUUAAACAUCUUGAAAGAAUUAUUGAAGAAAAGAAUAUUAUUAUUCAAGAUACUGUUAAUCAAUAUGAAAAAAUUGGUAAAAAUACUAUUAGACAAUAUGAAGAAAGAUUGAAUUUUUAUGUAAAUUUUUUUGGACAAAGGUUUAAUUGUACAAAUGAAUUUUAUUAUAUGAAUUUUCAUCCAUAUAAUGAAGUGAUCAAUGAAUUUAUAAAUGAUGAAUUAUUUAUUUUUCAAACUAAUAUUCUUAAUGUUAUUAAUGAUAUUAAUGAUUCUGUUAAUAAUAAUAGUAAUAGAUUUAGUGAAUAUAAUUCUAAUGAUAGUGGUUAUAAUAGUUAUAAUGAAUAUGAAAAAAUAAUACAAGAUAUAUUUAAAGUUACUAGUGAAGAUAGUUUUUAA